AACUGAUGUCACAUUUAAGUCAAAUGACUGGCAUUUAGUAAAUAAAAGUGUAUUCAAAAUGGUAUAAUUUGUGUAAUUUAGGAUAAGGACUGUAUAUCGACUAUUCACCAUGUUCUAUUAAUUGGGUUGAUUGAACAUGACAACACCUCAUAUCCGCAAUGUCUAGCAGCAGCGAUUCAGAGGAGUUUUAUGACGCUGAAGAUAAUACACCAAAUCAUGGUUCCAGAAACAAGCUUAAGAAGGGAUCAACAGAAAGUAUCACGAAAAGGUCCAGCUCUGAACCCAAUUUCCCCGUAAACAUCCAAACCCAAUCGAAGCAAGUCGAAAGUUUCGAAGAAACCAGCGAGCAUGUGUUUCUGAAGCCUCAAAACAUAUCACCUCCGACUAGCAAAAAGCGGUUUCAAGAGCUUCGAGAAAAACUUCAAAGAGAGGAUGAGGAUGGCUGUGGCAACAUUACGCCACCACACAGCCAGACUUCAUCAGUUGAAGGCGUUUUUGCGGCUCCCAGCAAAGCGUCGCAUCCUUUUCGCAUUAUUGAACAAGAUACCCUUAGUUUACAAAGUAUUAAUUCUCUCGGCCGAUUAAUGAGAGUCACCAAUGCUGAUACUGCUAGAAAGGCAAUUUCCAUUUCCGCUUUGUCGUCCAGUUCGCUGGAUUCCGAAUCAACGCAAAGCUCGAAAAAGUUUCCCAGUACUUUGGCUUUGGCCAACGCAGGGGCCACCGCUCUUGCAACGGAUUCAGACAAAUCGGCUUCGGCUGCUCUUCAAGAACCUGACGUGGUGGCCAGUACCAAAGCCUCUAAUGCUUCACAGCAAAAGCCGAGCCUAAUAGCUGCUGCUCCUGUUGCUCCACCUAGACGUAAAAAGAAGAUCAAAGCCCCCAACUAUCCGGCUACUAUUGCUAAAUCAGCUUCAAGCAGCAGUUUUCCCACUACAGCUGACCUGACUAGUCCUGCCAGUACUAUCGAGUCUCUGGCUCGCGAAAUUGAGCGUCUUAAUUCAGUAUCAUCGGUGAAAUCUCAGUGUUUCAAGUCCGAUAGGCUGGUGCAGAGUCAGUCCGAUGGAUCUAAAAGCUCCACUUUGAAAAGUGGCCAUUCGCUCGACAUUACUCAAGGGAAUCCAGUUGGCUUCAGCAUGACAAGUUCAGAUAGUGCGUUGACCCGAGGACAGUUUGUAGUUAAACCAAUGGACACCGAGAGCAUCAAAGCGCAAGGCACGGGCUUCAAUUGCUCGAUGAAACCUGUGACUGAGUACGUUCCAACGCCUGGAGCCGAUCGUUUAGUACCGCCACUAGAAGAGAGCACCAGCAGCAGUAGUCGGACAUCAAAUAGAAGUAGUUUAGGCCACUACAGUCUCGGUCCUCAUCGGGGAACGCAUCAGAUCUCCGGUCGACAUACGUCGAGGGACCGAAGAAAAUCGGCUGGGGAUGAGAACCUGCUUUGUGCCAGCAAUAUGAAAGUGAGAACCCAUACGGAUUCUGGCAAGCAAUUAUCAGACUUGGAAAUUUUGGAGCAAGUUACCGUUCUUAAUCUUGACACAGAAUCAAAUAAACUACGGCAUUCCUACCUAGUCUAUGGCGAACGCAUUCCUUUAAGUGUGGCCGAAGAUAAACUUCCGCAAUGCAUCAACCCCUUAUCUUUGCAUAUCAUGCGAUUAACAUCCGAGUAUGUCAGUUCCUCCAGUAUGGAAAAAGAAAAAGAAAGUGAUGAGGAAAGUGUUGAUAUCAAGAAAUCCGAUAUUCCUAUUGUGGAUGAUCCUGAAGCUGGCGUAGGAAUGCGCAAACGAACGGCCCGAUUAAAAAGGAUAUUCGGGUCAAACGUUAAGAAGGUCAUGCAUAAAGCGAAGAGCAUUGCUCAGGAGGUAUCUCACGCCAGGCACAAAGAGGACAUCAUUGAUAUCGUGGACAAUGUCCAUCCAGGGGAGCAAAAUUGCAAGCUAAAAGCUUCAAACUCACACAAGGGGCCAUUCGAGUUUGAAAAAGUCGAACACAUCCAGGAGCUGAAAGACGAUCAACACGAGGGUUCAAUUUGGUGCAUGAAAUUCUCGAGCUGUGGACGAUUGUUAGCCACCGCUGGCCAGGAUAAGAUUUUGAGAAUAUGGGUCAUCAAAGAUGCCUAUCCUUUUUUCCAGGACAUGAGAACAAAAUACAACGCUGAAAAAGUGUCGCCAACACCGUCCCAAGAAUCACUUGCAUCCCAUCAUUCAACCGAUCACUCAAAUUUGGCCGCACUGGAGGCAUUAAGCCCUGAAGAGGCCAGUCGAAUCACAUUUAUGCCCAAACCGUUCUGCACUUAUUCGGGACACACCUCAGAUCUAUUGGAUGUUUCCUGGUCGAAAAACUACUUCAUUCUUUCCUCGAGUAUGGAUAAAACAGUUCGAUUGUGGCACAUUUCCCGAAAGGAAUGUCUGUGCUGUUUCCAACAUAUUGAUUUCGUUACUGCUAUCGUUUUCCAUCCUAGGGACGAUCGUUACUUUUUAAGCGGAUCGUUGGAUGGCAAGCUGAGGCUGUGGAAUAUCCCGGACAAAAAGGUUGCUGUUUGGAACGAGGUGGAAGGAAAUCCCAAACUGAUUACAGCCGCAAAUUUCUGCCAAAAUGGGAAGUUUGCCGUUGUGGGAACAUACGAUGGUCGGUGUAUAUUUUAUAGCACUGACCAACUAAAAUACCACACACAAAUCCAUGUGCGAUCGUCCAGAGGACGAAACGCAGUGGGAAGAAAAGUGAGCGGAAUCGAACCGAUGCCUGGAGAAGACAAAAUACUGGUCACAUCGAACGACAGCAGAAUUAGGUUGUAUGAUUUACGCGACUUGAACGUUUCGUGUAAAUAUAAAGGAAAAGGGUAUGUAAAUAUGAGCAGUCAAAUCAAAGGGAGCUUUAGCCACGAUGGAAAGUACAUAAUCAGCGGCUCGGAAAAUCGGGACAUUUACAUAUGGAAGACAAACCACGAUUAUGCCAAGUUUUCCUCCGUUAGAAGGGACCGGAAUUAUUUCUGGGAAGCUAUAAAAGCCCACAAUGCCGUGGUAACUUGCGCAGUUUUCGCACCUAAUCCAGAGGCCAUAAUCAAGAUGUUGGAAGAGAAUCAACGCAAAAGUAUUGGGGCUAGUCGGGAUGAUAUUAGUAGAGUUGAAGACCCAGUAGUCGAACAGCACACCAAAGGCUGUGGCGGCUAUGUGCUCGUCUCGGCUGAUUUUAACGGAUGUAUAAAAGUAUUCAUCAAUAAAACCAAACCAAAGCAUAGUUCUUUGCCGGUUUCGGCAAUGGCUUAGGAACAAGCGUAGAUUGUAAAUUAUGAUUGUAUUAGGGCCGAUACAUAAUUAUUUUUCAAUAUUCGGUGCUGGACCCAUUAACAUUCUCACUCACUUUACAAAUUAAUUGCUAGUAAUAAACCGUUAUUGUUGGCAGCACUACAAACUGUCUUAGUUUUAACAAAUAUUUUAAAUUGUUAUUGUAUGGAAGUUGUUAAAAUAAAUGAAUGAAACGUU